UGCGCGAUAAAAACAUUCGCAGGGUUUUUGUUUUGUAGCCUUGAGCUGGAUUAAAAUAACGAUUUUUACAAAUCAUGAUCGAUUUGCGCGAUUUACGUCCAGGAUAUUGUAUGCACGUACGAGCCUGCAUGAGUGUGUCUGCUAGCAGACAGGUGUUAUGAUUUCACAUCUCGCGCAAUAGAUACUCGUCGCGUGAAAAGUUAUGUGAUUUCAUUUCAGCAUGGCAGGGACGAGUAACAUCGACGAGGAUGUGUCGAGUCUUGGUGUCGAUGCAAUGGGAAGUACGUUAAACGACGAGUUUCCAAAUGAUUUGGGCGAGAUAGUGUCUAUCAAAACAGAAGAUAGUAUUUUGCAAGAGGUGUCGGAACAUAUCAAAUGCACUACAAAGUUGAACAAUCAAAUUGACAUACAAGAGGAUGAUGUCGAACUGAAUGUUGAAGUUGAUAGCGGAAAGGAUCACAGGGCAGAGUUGCAAAAGCAGGUCGAAAUUGGAGAAAUUACUCCAUUUGAAGCAGUAUUUAAACAGUCGACAUUGGAACAAAAAGAAGGAACUGCCACUAAAGGGUCUCAAUUAUUGGACCUUGAGAAGUAUUUUAAACAACAAGCUGCUCUUGCUGAACAAAAGAGGAAAUUAAAGAAAGUAUCUAAGACAUCUUCGGACAAAGAUCACUCAGUGCCAGUUAAAAAAGCAAAAUUAUCCAGUACUGAUCUAAAAACAAAUAAAAAAUGUCAAAAGUCUAAAGUUGAGAAUGACAAAGAUAACUCUCUGCAAAGUACAGCAGACAAUGCAGAUUUAAAUGUAGCAAAUGAUAUUUCUGAUAAAAGUUCAGGAAGCGAAUAUGUUCCUAGUGAUAAUGAAAUAGAUUCCGAUAUGGAAAGUAAGGCAUCAUCUAAAAAGAAAAAAGCUUUAGUUAAAUCAGGAUACAUCCGCCCGAAAAGAACUCGAGAUGAUGGAGAUAAUCGACUAUUCAAGCAGAGAGUAGAAACAAACACCUAUCCCAAAGAUGAAGCAAUGCACAAAAUUGAUACUAUCUUUAAAGUGCCGCAAUGUAUUUGGGAAAAGUUAUACAGGUAUCAAAAGGUCGCAGUUAAGUGGCUUUGGGAAUUACACGGUCGUAAAUUAGGUGGCUUGUUGGGCGACGAAAUGGGAUUAGGAAAAACUGUGGAAGUUAUUGCGUUUCUCGUGGGUUUGGAUUGCAGCGAAUUGCUCUCUCAUAACGGAAGAUACAGAGGAUUAGGCCCGACUAUAGUUGUGUGUCCCGCUACUUUAAUGGAACAAUGGGUGAAGCAUCUUCACGACUGGUGGCCCUUCUUCAGAGUUGUUGUGCUUCAUCAUUCUAGUAGUUACAACGGUGAUCCAGAAAGUUUGAUAGAAUCACUACAAACUGGUGGAAUUCUUAUUACUUCUUACAAUGGAGUCCUCAGACACAAAGAUUUGCUUGUGUCUAGUCAAUGGCAUUAUGUUAUUCUAGAUGAAGGUCACAAGAUUCGUAAUUCGCAAGCGAAGAUAAGCCGAGCGGUGAAGCGAUUCUCGACACCACAUCGAUUGCUGCUGAGUGGUAGUCCAAUGCAAAAUUCCCUGAAAGAAUUAUGGUCCUUGUUCGAUUUUAUUUUACCUGGCAAACUCGGUACCCUGCCUGUAUUUCUGGAACAUUGCGCAGCUCCCAUAACGCGAGGCGGUUAUGCGAACGCCACACCGUUGCAGGAAGCAACUGCCCUCCAAGUAGCCACUAUGUUGAAGAACACUAUCACGCCGUACAUGCUUCGAAGAACAAAGACCGAUGUAAAGCAUCAUCUCACUCUACCACAGAAAAAUGAGCAGGUAUUAUUCUGCAGUUUAACGGAUGAGCAGAAGAAAUUAUAUAAAAAAUAUCUGUGCUCCGAUGAUGUGUCUUUUAUUCUUCACGAGAGAAAUACUUAUCACGACACUGGAAGAUAUAGAGCAAGAUUUCUCAUUGCCUUGUCAGCAUUAAGAAAGAUAUGCAAUCAUCCAGACUUAUUUUUGUAUACUAGAGAACAAGAUUCUGAUGAAGAUAUCGAUUUGUCCGAAGAAAAUUUAGAGAAGUUUGGUUAUUGGAAACGUUCUGGAAAAAUGACAGUGGUUCGAUCUCUUUUGAAAAUCUGGCAGAAGCAAGGACACAGGGUGCUACUUUUUACUCAAGGAAGACAGAUGAUACAUAUUUUGGAGUCUCUUUUGCAACGCGAGGGAUAUACUUAUUUGAGAAUGGAUGGAACAACAGCGAUGUCUCAACGACAGCAGACGAUUCACAAAUUUAACAAUGACACGUCGCAUUUCGUGUUCCUGCUGACGACGCGCGUAGGAGGUCUGGGAGUGAAUUUGACUGGGGCGAAUCGAGUGAUCAUUUACGAUCCUGAUUGGAAUCCAGCCACGGAUGCUCAAGCGAGGGAACGCGCAUGGAGAAUAGGCCAGAAUAAACAAGUCACUGUCUACAGGUUAAUUACCGCUGGUACGAUCGAGGAAAAGAUAUAUCACAGACAGAUCUUUAAGUUACUGCUUUCGAACAAAGUUCUUGACGAACCAAAUCAACGUCGUCUAUUCAAAACGACAGAUCUGGUGGAGUUGUUCAAUCUGAAUGUGCCGAUGGACGGUGAGUUUUCCGAAUCGGAUCGCUUAUUUAAAGAAUCUAAGUUGACACCCAGUGGCUUUUCUCUUAGUAAGAUCGAACAAAUGAAAAAGUUAGCGUCAGUUCUCAGUAAGAAGAUAAGCGCUAAUGUAAAAUUGACGAGCGAUAAAAGUGAAAAUGUAGAAAACAGCACUUGCGAAGAAAAACGCGAUGAACAAAAUGACAAUUCAGGAUGCGUCGAAACUUUCAAUACAGAAAACAAUUUGUCUGUCGACCAAAAUUUACCCUCCGAUCAAAACAAUACACAAGAAUCUUCGAGCAAAUGUAAUAAAGAUUUCAAUACGAAUUCUGAUGCAGACAUUGAAAAAAACAGCAAUGUAGAAAAUGAAAAUACAUUUAAGAAUAAUUGCAAACAGGAUGUAAUUCCAGUGAGAGCUCUGAAUAACAAUUCAGUGGAAAAGGAGAGUAAAGAGUUUGUUUUAAAUAACGAUAACGUCACGAUAUCGUCUACUAAAAAACGUAAGAAACAUAAAAAAGAUUCACAUUCGGACAGGAAUGUUUCCGCGAUGUUUGAAGGAGAACGCGUGUCUUGCUUGAUCGGUCGUCGUUUAGGACGUUCCAAUGAGAGAGAAGAAUCAAUUUCGACCAUGGACGACGAUUAUGUAUUGAGAAAGCUAUUCGCCAAAUCAACUGUUAGUUCAGCGUUCCAACACGAAGCAGUAUUAUCAAAUGCGCGUCUUAAUAGCGACAGCGAGAGUACAAUGCAACGUUUUGCACGUGAAUCGGCGCAAGAAAGCAUGGAUUUCGUUCAUCAAUCAGGAAAAUAUUGUUGGAGACCAGCAUAAGAAACAAACGAUAUAGUUUGUGGCAGUCUUGUACAUUUUUUUUUACAUAAAUUUUAUACACCUAUAAGAUAGUAUUUUCAUAAUUCAAGUAAAAAAGAUGUGCUGUGAGAAAAUCAUAAUUACAUCAUUUAAAAUAAAAUUUGUAAUUAUC